CAAUAACACUAACAUUGCAUCGACUCCAAAAUAUGAUUCAGGUGGAUCUGUGAACUGGCUGAUUGGGUUCGUUAAAAAGAAUCGGUUCAACAGAACGAUUCAUUCAUGAGUCGGAUGGAAACAUAAACCCAACAUGGCGGAGAGUUUGGACGAUUUAUUAGACGAGGUUGAAGCAAAGUUUUGUCGAGAGAUUUCAAUGUCGCUUCGACCUUCAUGCACUUUAAAAGCCGAGCAAGAGAGCCACAGACAGCAAAGAAAUAAUGACUCUGUGCACAGUGUUUCAAAGCCACAUGAUGUUGAAGGAGUGGAAAAUAACAUUGAGGCUGUGGUUCAGGAAAUAUUAGGUGAUGAAUAUCCAGCCUCCACUCCACAUAGACCUGUUUUAUCCAAGUCUUUUUCUCAAACAGCUUUAAAAAACAGGUGUUGCCCUGUGUAUUUGGGUGGAAGUUCUAUAGCAGGUGGUGUAGGAACAAGUGUUACGCAGAGAGCUUGUGACCAGUUAAGAUGCACAUCUUGUGACUUUCAUGUUGUCAUGUUUGAUGAUCAGGAGUGGGACUCUUCCUGUGACUAUCUGUUUUUCAGAAAUAACAUGCCGGACUGUAACAAGUUGCGAGUGAAGCUAAAGAGGAAGCAAGGCGCUCGGGCAUAUGCCUGCCAGUGUAGCUGGCACUGUGCCAUCACUCUGUCCGAACUCCAACACAUACCUAAGCUAAAGUGGGUUUGUGGCCAACACACAGCUUGCUGAUUUUUGUGUCUGACUCCCAAGUUGCAGCUAUUCAAAAGGGAUACAAAACAACACUGAUGUACUCUUCAUUUAAAAGAAGAUGCUGGACAUUAAUGUUCUUUUUUCCAGACUAUCAUUGGAAAUACUGGGAUGGACAAAGUCGGUGUGUACUGUAAUGUAGCGGUAGAGCAAUAAGCAUUCCAACAUUUUCUGUCUAGCAUAAUAAAAUAUAUAUAUAUAGAGAAAACUGAUAUUUCUGCACAUUUACAGAUACUACAUUGCAAGUGAAGUGUGACCUUUUCAGCCAACUGAAGUUUAAAGACAUAAUGCAUUAGUUCAAUGAACAUAAUGCAUGCGCACACACACACACACACAUAUGUAUAACUUAUGACUAUUGUUGUUAUAGCUAUUACUGAGAAAAUCGUUUGUUAGGAAUGUUGUAAUGAUGUGACGUAAACUUUUUCCCACUGACUAUUACUCACUAAGUUAUAUUCAACUCUCUAAAACUACUAAAGGGGAAUUGACUUAUAAACUAUGGCUGAGUCAUACAUUUGACAGAGGGUAAAUAAAUAAAACUUA